AUUAUAAUUAGUACAAUUAAAUAACAACGUAUCUAAAAAGUAUGAGACAACAACAACAACAAAAAACACACCAUUCUUAAACGUCGUUUAAUGUGAUUACUGAUAUCAAAAGUUAAGGUCUUUACUAGUAAGAAUUGUAUUUCUGAUAUAUGAAAACAGAAUUUCAACUAGUAAGAAAGCAAUUCUUGAUAUCAAAAAUUACAUUUGAAUGGCAGCCUAUGGUGACAUUUAACUAGUGAAAAUACAAUUACAGAUAUCAAGAAUGAUCAUACCACUCCAUAACAGUUCUCUUUUAUCAAGAUUUUUGUAAUCGCUGUCGCGUUUGUCAUAUAGUUCUUUGUGUUCCGACACCAACGAGACCAGCAACUCUACAUUCAUCUUGCCUUGCAUCUUCUUCGUCUUAUUUCUUCAAGGCAGUGUAGAUAUAUGCUACUUGGCGUAUAUCUUCUUCGCCGUUACGUAUGCUCACAGCAAGACAGUUUUGUGUUUGAGCGCCCCCAAGUUGUGUUUUAGUGUAACUUCAGAAGCUCCAGACACGUGUGCAAAAGCGCCAUUCUCAUUGGUCGUAUAGUUUUUGACGCGGUGCGUCAAACCAAAAAAACGAACCCAAGGUUCAUUAAAAAAUGACUAUUUUACACGUGGCGUUUUUCACGUCGGUGUGCACUCUCACAUUGGCGCCCUUUGUUUAGUCACGAGGCGUUAAACGUCGGCAAAUAUUGCGCGCGAAAUUCGUCCCGGUGUGAACAGGCCUUAAGAAAGCAAUUCUUGAUAUCAACAAUUAAAUUUGAAUGGCAGCCAAUGGUGACCGUUCUUGAACAGGUUCUGGUCGAUCAUCUUCGCUAAAAUUUUCUGGGUCUGAUUUGUGCUCAAAUUGGUAAGGAUUUUAUUGACAACAUUGUUUCUAUUACCACAAAACACAGAUUACCGCUAAAGGAAAGGGACGUGACGUUUCCGAUAAACAUGCACUAGGCGGUUAGCGCAUCACAACACACUGGGCCAGCUAACCAAUCGGAUUCCAUUGAGUAUUUUUGAAGGACUGGCUUAAUAGGACCCAGAAAUAGGACCGUUUUUACAAGGAGGAACAGAGCAGUGUAGAAUAAAGGUAAAAUAUAUUGAAAAUAAUGCAAUUUAUUUUCAAGCAAAGCAUGAACACAGUUACAGUGCACCCAACAAACACAAUCAAGCCUUCAAAAAAACAUGUUUUACCACCCCUUUAAUCUUCACCAACAAGUAAUAUUUACAAAUUAUGUAAUCUGGAAUAUUCUAUGUCAUUAUAAAGAAUAAUAAAUUUAAAAGUUUGAAGCUAUUAAUAUUAAAACAAAAUAGUAAUAAUGCUUUUAUUCUGCAAGGAUGCAUUCAAUUGUAUUAAAUGGCAGCAUAAACAUAAAAGAGUAAAAAAAAAUUCAGCACACAACUUGUGAACAUUAGUUACAUUUUAUAUCUACUUUGAUUUAUAUAGUACUUUAUGUAUAAUUAAAUUACAGAUAUGAACCUAAAUCUAUGGUUCUGAACGCAAUGAUUGUGAAAUGCACACAAAUGAGUGAGGUCUGAAAUCUGAUAAUGUUUUGUACAAAUAAACAUUAUUUCGUACAUAUUUCUUUCAGAGGGAUUUAGCGGGCCAUCAAAAUGGUUGCUAUGACAACUUAAUGCUCUGGCUGCUGCUCUAGGUCUUUGCUGUCAUAAAGGUGCAUGCAUAUUAUUAUUUUUUUAAAAUUCAGUUUAUAAUUUUAGCUACUAUUUUAAAUUGUAUCUUUUGUGUGUGUGUGUUUGUGGUAAUUGUAAUAUUUAAAGCAGAUGUGUUGUUUUAAGGCAAUUUUCCACCAAUGAGAUCAGUGGAUGGUCCAUUGUUUACGUCAUAAUGAUCGCUGCAUUCCAUUAGAACGUUCGGUGAGUCCUCUAUAAAUAUGAGUGCAGACGAAUCAGGCAUUCUGUAGCGAGUUGUGGCGAGUGAUGUGAGUAUCCUCUUUAUAAUUUGGACAUCAAAAGUUAUCAAUAUUUUCAAAACUUGGAGAAAAAUCACUGAGAAAUAAACAGGCAUGCUACACAGAGGAGGACCGUUUUGAAAGUUUUAGAUAUGCAAAUUAGGCAUGAUCAAAGGAAUAACAGAUUUCAGCAUUUUUAAAUGUAUAAUUUAAUUGUUGAUAAUUAUACACAGAUUAUAUUCUUCAAUAUUCUUGAUUUACUAUUAAAUAUAGAGUCUCCUUCCGCCACUCUUUGAUUACGAUUAUUUCUGAAAACUGAUACUGAAAGCUUUGAUAGUUUAAUAUUACCUCUUACAAUGAUUAGAUAUGCAUGUAAAAAAAGGUAUAUACUUUUACAUUAUAAGCACUUGAGUUAUGCACAUUAGUUGGUAAAUUGAUAAAAACUCAGCUGAUGGACAUACACUUAAAAAAAAAAAAACAUUCAAGACAACCAACUUGCAGGCUCUUAUAUGUUUACUCAACUCAGCUGUGUCCUUGCUGUUUUUCUGUCACAUAUUUUACAGAUAGAAAGACAAAGUCAGUGUGUUGUUCACAUAUUUGGAUCUUCUUUUACCUUCACAUCGAACAUCAACAUGAGUUUGUCAACCAUCCUCCCCAGUUUUUCCGAGAGCGCAGUGCAGUCCUCAUCUCCUGAACUCUCAGAUGAGCUCACCGCUGCCCUCGCCGCAGGCCGCUGGUGGGCAAUAAUGGAGGUUUCUUCUCCUAUAUCUGAAGAGCCUGAGUAUGGAGACCUCACCUCAGUGCAGUGGCGGGGAACAAUGGAGGCAGGAGAAACUUUGUGCCCCAAGUCUGUGGUCUUCAGUGAUGAAUGUGAGAAGACUGAGUCCCUGCACUCAAGCUUCCCAGCUGCAACACUGAAGACCAAAGAGCUGUGGAGGAAGAAGAAGACACAGGGUGCACCGGUGCCUCCCAGGUCCCAACACGGUGCACCUGUGCCUACAAAUACCAAGAAGAGGGACCACAACUCAUCCCUGGUCUUCAACUAUGAAUCUAAGAAGGCUGAGUCUCCGCGCUCAGGCUUUACAGAUGCAACACUGAAGACCAAGGAGCUGUGGAGGCAGAAGAAGCCUCAGGGAGCACCUGUGUUUGCUGGAUCUGAGUUCACUAAUGAAAUACUGAAGACCACUAAGCAGGGGAGGCAACAGCAAAGAAAGUGGACCGAGAUGAAGCCUCAGGCAGCACCUGAACCUGCUGGAUCCCCACAAAGACCACCUGUGACCACUGGCUCUCAGCGAAGAGGAAAGCUCAUGAUCCCCGAGAAUCUGAGGCAGCAUCUGCUAAAGGCUGCUUCUGAACUGGAAUCACCUGUGUCUGCUAGAUCCCCACAGAGAGCACCAGUGCCCACAGUGUCUCCUCAAAACACAGCCAUGCACACCAAGUCUCUACAGAGAGAAGCUAUGCCUGCCCCAGAGGUGCCAAAACCAAAGAUACCUGAGCCGCUGAGACAGGAGCUGCUGCAGCAGAAGCCCAACAAGAUCCAAGAGAAGCAAAGGCUGAAGAUACCUGAGCCGCUGAGACAGGAGCUGCUGCAGCUGUCGGCUCGAGCCUCUUCUGUUCAAGGAGCACCUGUGCCUCAAAAGACCACAGAGAGGCAAAACCUUAAAAUCCCUCAGUCGCUGAGACAGGAGCUCCUGCAGGUUUCAUCUUGUGCCUCUUCUGAGAAGGGAGCACCUGGACCCAACAAGACCCCAGAGAGACAAAAGCUCAAGAUUCCUGAGCGUCUGAGGAAGGAGUUUCUGCAGCAGAAGCCUCAAGCCUGUCCUGUACAGGGUGAUCCCAUGGCUUUCAAGUCCCCACAGGAAGCACCUUUACCUGACAGGAGCCCUGUGUAUGUUGGGACCCCACAGGGAGCAGGAGUGUUUGCCAGGUCUCCACCGGCAGAGGCAGUGCCCGCUGAGCCUCCGAAAGUAGAGACAGUUCCCUCCAAAACCACAAAGACAAGAAAACGGAGACUUGCUGAGUAUCAGAGCAUUCCUGUCUCUGGCACCCAGGCACUACCCAUGUCCUCCAGGACCUCAAGCGUGGUGCCUGUGCAUUCUGGGACCCUACAGGGAGCACUUGUGACCAAAAGUUCCCCACAACAGGGAUCAAAUCCCAGAAUGACUGAGCAGCAGAAGAAGAAGCGCAGGGAGCAGUGGAGACAGCAGAAGAGACAGCGGAGGCAGCAGAAAGCAGCAAACAACGUUGAAGUGUGUGAGCCGCCUCCACAAAAAAAGCUGGGUGUGGAAAUGGAAAAGGUGCAGCUGAAGCUCAAACUGAGGAACCAUCAAGCCCCAAAGCCCAGGUCCCAGCUCACCCUGAUGAUGGAUCAUGCAGCUGUGGGUCGGCAGUCACCUCCAGAAAAAAAGCAGCGCAUGGCAAACGAAAUCAAAGGCCAGCAGUUGGGACCAAGCCGCUUAAAGCAUUGUAAAGCAUGUUUAAUGGAAUAUUUGUAAUUAUUUAUUAUUUGAAUAUAUUAUGUUUGUGCAUAUUUAAUAUGAUUGUAUGCAUAAUUAAA